AUGGAGAUUCUCAAGCUCUCCACGUGCUCACUUAUGGUCCUUGUUGAGAGCGGUGGUGUUGCAAGUUGCGCUCGAAGCCUUCACGACGCGAUAUGGCAUAAGAAAAUGGAGAGCCUCAAGGUCUGCAUACCAGCCUUCGCAUAUGCCGUCCAAAACAAUCUCUACUACAUCGCUCUGGCCAACAUUGACGCCACCACAUACACCGUCACUUAUCAGCUGCGCAUAUUGACGACGGCAUUGUUGUCGGUACUGAUGCUUGGAAAAGAGAUUUCCAGAUGUCAAUGGGGAGCGCUGACCUUGUCCGGAUACGGGGUCGUCCUUGUGCAAGUUAGUUGUUUCAUGAAUUUUCUCAUAUUUGCAUUCUAA